AUAGAAACGACGUAAACUGUAACCUACUUCCGGUGAAGCUGUCAAACUUUUUGUCAAAACUUAAUCAAAAAAUAUUUUGACACGAUGGCUGCUGCUGUGACAAAAGGGACAGAGAGGGAACCACCUAAUUUUGUUCAUCAAAAUGCAAUUUUAUGUGAAACAAUAAUGAAAGAACAAAGACACCAAAAAUUAUAUACAAACUACAGUGUUAAUCCAUUCAAAAAACUGCAUGUGCUUUCUGGAAAACCAAACUCAAGACAUGACACAGAGGAAGGUGAAGAGGAUCAACAUUUUCUAAAAGUAAUAAACAGAGCCAACCAAGAACCAGUAAAGAAAUAUACAUACCCACAAACAGAAUCACAAGAAUAUGGCUGGAUAACAAAACCAUUGAUAGAAAAAGAUAGAUCAGACAGAAGAAUUAACUUCCCAAGACAAAAUACUGCCAUUACAAAAUAUAUGGAUGCUGCAUGGAGAGUGAAGGAGCAGACUGAGAAUAUGAAUUGAUGACAAUCUGUUUUAACUCUGACAAACACUAUACUCUAUUGAUAAAUCACAAACAUCAUGCAAUAUUUAAAAUUUUCAACAUGGGAUAAAUGUUGCAAAAAUUGUCUCCCUUUAGUUCAAUCUUUCAAGUGAUGGUAGCAUUUAUUUCAUAUACUAGAUCAUUAUAUAGUAUUUUUUUGUAAAUGAACAAUAAGAAUAAAAACAAAUGGUACUAUAUUCUGAAAAGUCAAAUUUACAAAUGUGCUGAUAAAGGUAUUUAUUUUCAAUAUCAAAUAUUAUUUCACUUUACCAGUAAACUUUAAGGCAACUAAGCCACAAAUCUGCUGAUGACCAUAGCUAGGAGUAAACAUAAUGAAUAUCAAUAUGAUAUUAUAAAUUAUGUUCAUACUUCAAUAUUAUACUGUUAUGUUAUAAGAUACUGUUUCUGUAGAUCUUUGAAUGGAGCCAAAUGAUUAGAAAUGUGAGGUUUUAUCUGUUGAAUUUAGAUCCAGUUCUUUUUAACAAUCAUAUGAUCUAUUAUUACACAGAAGCCUAAAUGACCAAUUACAGUUUGAACCAAAUUUUGUAUGUUUUAUGAAAAUUUGUUACAUUUUAUAAAAGCAUUUUGUUUUAAAUAUAAGUUUUAUUGUGUACAUAAAAUAUCUCUUGUUUUUAAUUAAAAAAAACUUUAAAGAGA